AUGGUGCUGAAGAGAUCUGUUGUGAAGGGAAAGGCGGAUGAAGCUGCCAUUGGCGAGAUAGAAGUCCAUGGGUGGAAGUCGGGUCCUUCGGCAAGUCGGACGGCAUCGGACGUCCAGGAGCGGGCGGCGGAUGAACCGGCCGUCAAAUCUGUGAGGAUUCGGAAAAGGAGUGCCACUUCUGCUGGGAGUAGUGAUAGCAAUCCGGAUGCUCUCGGGAUUGAUGACUCGGAGAAGGGUAUUUACGAUGCCCUAAAGAAGAUUGCCGAGUUGCCUCCCAGUCUGUCACGGGGAGGUGAUCGGUUGGUUGAUUCUACCACCGGGACGGUAGACAGUCAGGCCCUUGGUGAGGCGGACGGGAAGUCCCUUGCCGCCGGCACUGAUAAGCAGUCUGAGGAUCGGCCGAAGAGUCCUUCGGCCACUGUCAUAGUUGAUCCCUCCUUGCAGGAUGUGGUGCAGCAGGAGGCGGAGAAGCCAGUCGAGGGAUCGACUGCUUAUGCCCAGGAGAUUUUGGGUUGCCAUGCCUCCCUUCUUCUUGAGAAGGUGGCUACUCUUGAGAGGUCUUCUCAGGAGCAGUCAGAAAAGAUCAAGCGGUUGGAGGCUCGGGUGGAGGCUUUGGAGCAGGACAAUUCUGCUCUUAAGGAUAACACCUCCAAGCUGCAGGAGAAGGUCAAGGCUACUGCCAAGGAGAAGAAAGAGCUUAAGAGCUUGUUGUUGCGAAAGGAUAAUGAGGUGACUGAUCUGACCAAUAUUGUGUAUCGUCACGCAGAUGCUGUGGAGAAGCUGACCAAGAUCAAAGAUGAUGCUGACAAGCAGAUGGUUAGUGAUAUGAAGCAGAUCAGGUAA